AUUAAAUAGAAAAAAUCUGGAAGCAAUGUUUGUAUGAGAAAAAAAAGGCUUCUGGUUAUCCUCUCAAGCUCGAGAGAGUGAAAGCGACCGAGAAGCAACGAGGCACACACAGAGAGCGUGAAAACACUGUCGUUUCACUCCCUGCCUUUCAUCUUUUUGGUUGCUGGACCCUGAAUUCUGAAAUGGUGUGAGAGCUUGUUGAGCUGAAACAGUUAAUUGUUUGAGCUUAGCUUCAAUCAGGAGAUACAGAGCAAAAUGGCUAUCGGCGGUUUGAUCUCGAACCGGAAUUUAGGUUCUUUUAUCGACUCAGGGAAAGUAUGUCAAACAAACCACACUGUUGUGCAUCGCAAAGGAGAGCGUCUGUACAAUCAGGGGAAAACAUUUUACCAAAAUUUAUGUACUCCAAGGGUUUCUGCAUCUAGAAACUCGUAUAGCCCUUAUCUGUGUGCAAUUAGUUCUUCAGAUGCAAGCAUUCUGAAGCCAACAGGUAGGGUGCAUGAUGAAGGUGACCUUUAUCUAAUAAUGUCUCUGCAAUCUGGUAUAAGGUCUCAGAGCAUCAUUACUAAACAAAGAAGUACAGGAAGAUGUAAAAGCUAUCUUUCUUCAAACCAUUCAUUUAGAAGUUGUAUUCAAUCAAGAAAGCUGGAUAAGCUUGAUAACAGGCAAUACCAGAAGUAUGAACUUGUUAAGGUUAACAGGACCCGUGCUUAUUACAAGUCAGAGGAUAAUGACAUAACAAAACCAGAGGUGGACUCACUGUCAUCAAUAGAGGGGUCUAGUGAAGCUGUUUUGGCAGAUGGAAAUGUGCUUAAACUAUCUUCUUGGUGGGAGCAAUUUCCCAAGCGCUGGGUGAUUGUACUCCUUUGUUUUACAGCAUUUCUGUUGUGCAACAUGGAUCGUGUAAACAUGAGCAUUGCAAUACUUCCCAUGUCACAGGAAUUUAACUGGGAUAGUGCAACAGUUGGCUUGAUUCAGUCCUCUUUUUUUUGGGGCUACCUACUUACUCAGAUUCUUGGAGGCAUAUGGGCAGAUAAAAUUGGUGGGAAGCGUGUAUUGGGUUUCGGAGUGAUCUGGUGGUCAGUAGCGACAGUUUUGACACCUGUUGCAGCAAAAAUCAGCCUUCCUUUUUUGCUUAUUAUGCGUGCUUUUAUGGGGAUUGGUGAGGGUGUUGCUAUGCCUGCAAUGAAUAAUAUACUAUCUAAGUGGAUUCCAGUGUCAGAGAGAAGCAGAGCACUUUCACUAGUAUAUAGUGGCAUGUAUCUUGGUUCUGUCACUGGGUUGGCUUUUUCUCCUAUUCUGAUCCAGAAGUUUAAAUGGCCGUCCGUGUUUUACUCAUUUGGCUCUCUUGGUAGUAUCUGGUUUGCAUUAUGGCUGAAAAAGGCAUAUAGCUCUCCAAAAGAAGAUCCGGAGCUUAGCACAGAGGAAAAAGAACUUAUCAUGGGUGGCAACAUAUCUAAGGAACCUGUUACUGUCAUUCCUUGGAAGCUAAUUUUAUCAAAACCACCUGUUUGGGCUCUUAUAAUCUGCCACUUUUGCCAUAAUUGGGGAACCUUUAUUCUAUUGACGUGGAUGCCUACAUACUACAAUCAGGUUUUGAAGUUCAACCUCACUGAAUCGGGACUCUUCUGUGUCUUGCCAUGGUUGACCAUGGCUGUUUUUGCAAAUAUAGGAGGCUGGAUUGCAGAUACACUUGUCAGCAGAGGCCUUUCUGUGACAACAGUUCGCAAGAUCAUGCAAUCAAUUGGGUUUUUGGGACCGGCCUUUUUUCUUUCUCAGCUGAGCCGUGUCAAGACACCUGCAAUGGCAGUACUAUGCAUGGCAUGCAGUCAGGGAUCUGAUGCAUUCUCACAAUCUGGUCUCUACUCCAAUCAUCAAGACAUUGGACCUCGCUAUUCUGGAGUAUUGCUGGGACUGUCAAACACAGCAGGAGUUCUUGCUGGUGUCUUUGGUACAGCUGCAACCGGGUACAUACUCCAAAGAGGUUCUUGGGAUGAUGUAUUCAAGGUGGCUGUUGCAUUGUACCUCGUAGGCACAUUAAUCUGGAACAUAUUUUCAACCGGAGAGAAAAUCCUCGAUUAGAGAAAUGCAAGAAUGGGAAGGAAUGAAAGCUAUGACGACAUGGAAGAAAUGUGAACGCAUGAAAGGGAAAUCCGGCUGAGCGAACUAGUAUUUAAGAUAUCACGAUAUCACCAUCAAUGUUUUUGUAACGACUUCUGAGGCCCUCUCUGGGUUGGCUGGAGACCCCCCUUUUUACAGGUUAAUAAUGCCUUUAGUUUCAGUGUAUGGCUCUAAUGUAGAGAACCUAUGGGUAAUUUGCACCCCAUGAACCUUUUGCUUUGCCCAUGCAAUGCUAAUAGCAUGUGAUCCGCCUAAGUUCUUUCUUACUGGAUUUCUCCACAGUAACAUUGCUUCUCGCAUUCCACCGUA